UUAUUUUGGGAGCCCCACUCGUUUGUAGUAUUUUCUUGUGUAGAAGUACGUGCACGAACAACAACAAAUCUCGACAAAGAAUCAAGCGAUGCUCUUAGAAAUCCAGAUCGCGGUUAGCUUUCUAACGUCUUACUUGUACAACAAGUUACCUAGACGUAGAGUGGACUUGUUCGGCGUCGAAUUAACGAAGCAGUUGAGGGAGAAGUUCGAAGGACAUUGGUACCCUCAGCGUCCUUCGAAAGGAAGUGGCUAUCGUUGUUUAUUAAUCGGUGAUGAUCUCGAUCCCGUUCUUGUAAACGCAGCAAAUGACAGUGGUUUGAGUUUGGAAGAAAUACGUUCCAGCUUGCCUGAUAAAUUAACAAUGUGGAUAGAUCCUGACGAAGUCUCUUAUAGAAUAGAAGACCAACUCGUUGUAAAAGUCAUAUACCAAAAAGACAAGUAUGGGGAAUUGGAGAACCUUGCCGAAUUGGAAGGCUUCAAUGCCCAACAAAUGUACGCUGUUUCCACGACGAGUCCAAGUACAAUACACACAAGUGAAGUUGAACAAACGUACAACCGUUCGCCUAUUCAAACAUCGCCAUUAACCAUGCUUUCUAACACCAACCAUUCGAACUAUUCCUUAUGGAGUACAGAGGAGAACGUACACACGCAAACCCCAGUCGAUAGUCGCCUUUCGCCUAACGCGCAAGAGUUUAGAUAUCCCGUCGCAAAACAGAGUCAACACUCGCCAACGAACAGUCUAUACCAGAAAGAUUCGCUUAGGUUUAACGAAUUUCCAAGUUAUAUGUGGUCAAAUUUAAGCGAGACAUCUGAUCGAAGGCAGGAAUACACCUCGCUACAGUCUAUCUACUCAAACUGGCUCGACUCUUCAAAUUCAUACAAGAGAAGUUAUAAUGCUUCACAACUCGAAGUUAUGGCCUAAAAAAUUUCAAAAUAGGACUCUUUAUUGAACUCGGAAUUAAAGAAAAGAAACAUUCUAGUUUUUUAAUAUUUCUCGCCUACACGCGAGCAAGCGGGGUUGCUUAUAAAUGGCUAGGGUUUUGCUUUCCUUUAUAAAGGAGAUUUGAAAAUUUGUUGUUGAAGAUUGUGUACAAAUCGUUGUAAAACUGUAUAUAUAGUUUCGUAUGCUCGACACCCAUUGUGUAAAAUGUAAGAUAGUUUUGAAACGUAAGUUAUUUCGGCCGAACCGAAUGGAUUAAUGGCAUUCAUGAUUCUCUUUUGUUGUUGUUACGAGUUUAAAGGCCGCACUGCUAUCACUCACUAUAAUGGCAGGUUUAAUCACCGAGGGUUACUAGUGAAUAAGUGUUAACAUUACUGUACAAUAUUUCGACUUCUGCAGAGCAGCAAAAGGAAAAACAUUGAAGUUGUCUAUCAUACGUGUGGAUUUGUAAGAGAAAAUUGUGUAAAAUAAAGCAUUACAAAAAUCAA